AUGUUCGCCAACAAGUCCGAACAAGUUCGAUCAAUGUCGAGUAUGCGCACUCUUGGAGACCAGUUAAGAAUCAGUGGUCGGCGACAGAACUAUGCUGACCGCAACGAAUUCGACUAUUGUGACAAUUACAAUCAGAACGGAUGUAAAACAUGUCGAUACUCGUCCGAUCCCGUUUACAUAUCAGUUCAUUUAAAGGAUCAGCAUUCGACUUUCAUUCAUAUCACGGGGUUGGGUGCGGAGUGGUCCAUCAACCUGCUAGUGUUCAUGGAGGAAAGCACCCUACCGUCCUCAUCGCCAAUUCCCACCAAUGUUGGGUCAGACAACAUGGCCGCAUCCGUCACAAAUGCCAAUACCGGCACGCCAUCAUACUCAAUGGCUUCGCUAUAUGUCGGUGAUCUUCAUCCCGACGUCACAGAAUCGAUGCUGUUCGAGAAAUUUAGCACUGCCGGAUCAGUCCUGAGUAUUCGCGUUUGUCGCGACAACGCUAGUCGUCUCUCACUCGGCUACGCGUAUGUGAACUUCCAACAACCAACUGAUGCGGAACGCGCUCUCGACACGAUGAAUUUCGACAUCCUACAUGGCAGGCCGAUGCGGAUCAUGUGGUCACAGCGAGACCCUGCCGUAAGAAGAUCAGGCACGGGCAAUAUUUUUAUCAAAAAUUUGGACAAAGUCAUUGACAAUAAAUCCAUCUACGACACAUUUUCGCUCUUCGGGAAUAUACUAUCGUGCAAGGUUGCCGUGGAUGAAGAAGGCAACAGCAAAGGCUACGGGUUUGUGCACUUUGAGACGGAAGAAGCAGCACAGAGUGCGAUUAAUAAAGUAAAUGGUAUGCUUCUUGCCGGGAAGAAAGUAUUCGUAGGGAAGUUCCAACCGAGAAGUCAGCGAAUGCGCGAGAUGGGCGAGUCCACAAAAAAAUUUACAAACGUAUUUAUAAAAAACUUCGGCGAUGCGCUGGAUAAGGAGGCGCUUCAGAAGCUAUUCGAACCCUUUGGUAAUAUCACUAGUUGUGCGGUUAUGACCGAUGCUGAGGGCAAGUCGAAAGGUUUCGGAUUCGUCGCUUAUGAGCAGCCGGAGAUGGCCGAAAAGGCCGUAGCAGAAAUGAAUGAUUACGUCAUCGAAGGUACCGAUCAUAAGUUGGUUGUAUGCCGUGCACAGAAGAAGAGCGAGCGUAGCGCCGAAUUGAAACGCAAAUAUGACCUUCAAAAGGUGGAACGUAUGCAGCGUUAUCAAGGUGUGAACCUCUAUGUGAAGAAUCUCGACGACACUGUUGAUGAUGAAGCUCUUCGUAAACACUUCGAAUCGUAUGGAAAAAUAACAUCCUGCAAGGUUAUGACUGAUGAAAAUGGUCGCUCGAAGGGCUUCGGUUUCGUAUGUUUCGAGAAGCCGGAUGAGGCUACUAACGCAGUAACAGAGAUGAACUCGAAAAUGGUGUGCUCAAAGCCGUUGUAUGUGGCGUUGGCGCAACGCAAAGAAGAUCGUCGAGCUCAGCUUGCUUCGCAAUACAUGCAGAGACUAGCAAGCAUGAGACUCAGUAACAACGUUCCCGGCACCAUGUAUACUCCAAGCCAAGGUGGAUACUUUGUGUCCAGCACCUUGCAGAAUCAGCGCGGCUUUGCUCCUGCAGCCAUGGCUGGGACGGCAAUGAGAAGCUCCGCACGUAACUGGCAGAGCAACUUUGGUGGUCAGAACCCUUACAUUGUCCCCGGCGGACCAGUGUUUCAGGGACGCGGACGUGCAGGAGGUACGGCGAGCGAUAUGAGGGCACAACAGUUCACCCAAAAUGCAGUGCAGGGUGGAAAUCGUCUGGCAGGGCAGAGAGUGGUACCGGGUGGCGUAGCCGGUCAAGCACAGGGUGCUGGCCAACGCCAGCAUCCGGGACAAAGACCUCAGGCAGCGGGAGGGAAGCAAAAUGCCGCUCCACUGUUCCAGCAGUAUCCUCAGAGUCAACAGCAGAGACCUGCUCCAAUUGCUCAAGGUAUCGUCGUCGGAGGACAGGAACCUCUCACCUCUCAUAUGCUCGCUCAAGCCGCCCCUCAGGAACAGAAACAAUUGCUUGGCGAGCGCAUCUACGCUCUCAUUGAUCGACUGUACCCUGGUCACAAGGACGCUGGCAAAAUCACGGGAAUGAUGCUGGAAAUCGACAACUCGGAGCUGAUUAUGAUGUUGCAGGAUAUGGAUUUGUUCAAAUCAAAAGUUGAAGAAGCGUCAUCAGUGCUGCAAAAAACUAGUUCGUACCUCAGAUCUGCCUCCAAAUAUGCAGUGCACAACAAUUUACCGCUGUGUCUGGCUUCUGCGUGGAGCAGCAAGGCCAAGAAUGAAACUGGCAUAGCGGAUCGUCCCAGCAAUCCUGCAUGUUGCGUAGUAUGUGGUCUCGAUUUACGGAACAAGCGUUGCUUCGAUGUGAUGAUUGCUACUGAUAAUGGCAUCAAAAACCUUCGAGGUAUUUGCUGUGGAUGUCGACAACUUUAUAACUGUGGCGAAAUCCCGUCGUGCUCAGAUGUCGCCACCAAGUCAGAAAGCGUAACAGACACCUCCAGCAUUUUUGAAAAAACGUUUGAUGAAGACAGUAUAUGUGCUGCAUCAACACCGUUAAGGAAAUCGAAGGGGCUGCCUUUAAUUUCUCCGAGGAUAACUAGCCUACAAAAACAAACAAAUCGGAGUCGAAAACGACGGGGGUCAGCAUUAGAAAGGUUGCUUAAGGAAGAAGAUUCGGAAACGGACCGGUCACUAAGUGGAUUCUUGAACAUGGUUGCAAAAUAUUGA